AUGGUUAUGGCCAGUUUUUGGGAGAAAGUUUCCGUUGACGGCAGUGAGAUGGAUAUGUAUGCCAGCGUGCCGAGUAGCAGCGCCGGUUUCACCGCUCCGUUUCCCGCGGUGGUGGUGGCGCAACACGGCGGCGGAGUGGACGAGUUUAUUCGAACAAUCUGCGACCGAUUGGCCGCGGAAGGAUUCGCAGCGGUAGCUCCAAACUUGUACCACCGGAUUUCCGAUGACGUGUUGAAUGGCGACCCGCGACCGCGUCCGUGGGACGUCCUCAGUGACCCCCACAUCGUGGCCGACAUUGGCGCCACGGUGGAUUGGCUCCGUAACCACGAAGCGAUACGAGGCGACCGCAUCGGUGUGACCGGCUUCUGCAUGGGUGGUCGGGUCGCCUGGUUGGCAGCCGCAUCGAACCCGCAUUUCGCAGCGGUAGCGCCCUACUACGGCGGGAACCUGCUGGUUACGUGGGGAGACGGCGCCACGCCUCCGUUUGAACUGGCUGGCAAUAUCAACUGCCCGAUGCUGUUCCACUUUGGUGAAGUUGACGAGAACCCAUCUCAAGUCGACAUGCGUAAUUUCGACGAAGAGCUGAACCGCCUGGGCAAGGAGCAUCAGUUUUACGUUUACCGUGAAGCGGAUCACGCAUUUAUGGAUUUUACGGGUCCCCGCUACCAGAAAGAAGCCGCUGACCGGUCUUGGCCGCGGACGCUGGAGUUUUUCGGCCAGCACCUGAAGGCCUGA